GUGUUAACUGACAGUUACAAGAUCAUCUCCCACAUCCACCCAACUCCUACGCAGUGUCCGCCAAGAGCAGCCGAGAUUCUCUAUAAAAUAGGAUAGGGCACACUCGGCCAAGUCAUUCCGCCGGUUCAACAGUAACCGCAAGUCGACUUAAGCACCGGAGAGCAAGAUGAAAAUCUCUUUAUACUUGAGUUUGCUAUCGGUGGUGUUAAUUUUCAAAAUCGUAUCGGCCAACCAAAGGUUGCAAUAUUGCGGCUCUCGGCUAGCAGACGUAUUAAGUACGCUGUGUCACGGGCAAUACAACGAAAAAUCAAAAAGAAAUCAAUUAGAUUCAGAUAUGUGGGAUUAUAAAGAACUUGAAGACUACAAUGAAAUUUACUACCCAUUCCGUUCUAAGAGGGAUGCAAUGUCGUUUAUUACAUACAAACAGCCUACCUCUAAAAAUAAUAAGAUUAUCGAAGAAUGCUGCAUUAAACCUUGUGAUAUGUCUGAAAUUAAAAGCUACUGUCAAAACUCAAAUUAAGAAUUAGUGUUACGAAUUUUUGAGUGCUAAAUAAAAUUUUAAUUAUUAUUAAGUA